CCGGCCGGGGUUGGCCAGGCCGGAGUGGGCCCCAGGCGGAUGUGAGCAGGGCCGGCCCAAGAUGGCGAUGCAGGUGGUGCAGGCGGUUCAUCUGGAGUCCGACGCUUUCCUAGUUUGCCUCAACCAUGCUCUGAGCACAGAAAAGGAGGAGGUGAUGGGGCUCUGUAUCGGGGAGUUGAAUGAUGAUACAAGGAGUGACUCAAAAUUUGCAUAUACUGGAACUGAGAUGCGAACAGUUGCUGAAAAGGUUGACACUGUGAAGAUUAUUCACAUUCAUUCUGUCAUCAUCUUGCGACGUUCCGAUAAGAGGAAGGAUCGAGUGGAAAUUUCUCCAGAGCAGCUGUCUGCGGCUUCAACAGAGGCAGAGAGAUUGGCUGAACUAACAGGUCGCCCCAUGAGAGUUGUGGGCUGGUAUCAUUCCCAUCCUCAUAUAACUGUUUGGCCUUCCCAUGUUGAUGUUCGUACACAAGCCAUGUACCAGAUGAUGGAUCAAGGCUUUGUAGGACUGAUUUUUUCCUGUUUCAUAGAAGAUAAAAACACAAAGACUGGCCGAGUGCUGUACACUUGCUUCCAAUCCAUACAGGCCCAAAAGAGCUCAGAGUCCCCUCAUGGUCCACGAGACUUCUGGAGCUCCAGCCAGCACAUCUCCAUUGAGGGCCAGAAGGAAGAGGAAAGGUAUGAGAGAAUCGAAAUCCCAAUCCAUAUUGUACCUCAUGUCACCAUUGGGAGAGUGUGCCUUGAAUCAGCAGUAGAGCUGCCCAAGAUCCUGUGCCAGGAGGAGCAGGAUGCAUAUAGGAGGAUCCACAGCCUUACACAUCUGGACUCAGUAACCAAGAUUCAUAAUGGCUCAGUGUUUACCAAGAACCUGUGCAGUCAGAUGUCAGCAGUCAGUGGGCCUCUCCUACAAUGGUUGGAGGACAGAUUGGAGCAAAACCAACAGCAUUUGCAGGAGUUGCAACGAGAAAAGGAAGAGCUUAUGCAAGAACUUUCUUCCCUAGAAUAAGGAAAGACAAAAUAUCCAGGUGUAAAAUUAAUUAAGCCAAAUCAAUUUUGAAGAAGUAUAAAGCUGGAAGAUUGACAUUACCUGAUUUCAAGACUUAAAAUAAAGCCACAGUAAUCAAGACGAUAUGGUGUUGGCAGAGAGAUGGACAUAUAAAUCAGUGGAACAGAAUAGAGAACCCAGAAAUAAACCCACACAAAUACACCCAACUAAUUUUGACAAAGGUGCAAAAGCAAUUCAAUGGAGGAAGGUUAGCCUUUUCAACAAGUGGGCAUUCAUAGGCAAAAAGAACCUCAGCCUAAACCUUUAUACAAAAAUUAACUCUUUAUUACAAAAAUUAACUCAAAAUGAAUCAUGGACUUAAAAGUAAGAUAUAAAACAUUUAGAAAAAAAUAAUUGGAGAAAAUCCUCAGGAUCUAGGGCCAGGUGAUAAGUUCUUGAACUUCACCCCAAAAGCACAAGCCACAAAAGCAAAACACUGAUAUAUUGAACUUCAUCAAAAUUAAAAGCUUUUGCUCUGUGAAAAACUUAAGAAGAAGAAAAGACAAGGUACAGAUUGAGAGAAACUGUUUGCAAACCAUGUAUCCGACCAAUCUAGAAAAUAUAAAAAAUGCUCAAAACUCCAAAGUUAAAAAAAAUUAAGAUAAUGGGCAAAAGACAUGAAUAGACAUUUCACUGAAGAGGAUAUAUGGAUGGCAAGUAAGCUCAUGAAAAGAUGCUGAAUAUUAUUAGUCAUGAGGGAAAUAAAAACUAAAAUCAUAAUGCGAUAUCACUACACACCUAUCAGAAUGGCUGAAGAAAAAAAACAGUGGUAAUAACAAAUGCUAUUGAGAAUACCCAUGAACUGGAUCUCUCAAACAUUGCUGAUGGGAAUUUAAAAUGGUACAGCCACUCUUGAAGAGUUUGGAAAUUUCUUAUAAGGUUAGACAUACACUUACUAUAAAAAAAAAAAAAUUACUAUAGGACCCAGUAAUUAUGCUCCUUCACAUUUAUCUCAGAGAAAUGAAAACCUGUAUCUGCACAAAAUCCUGUACAUGAAUGUUCGUAACAGCUUUACUUGUAAUACCCAAAAAUUGGAAACAACCCAGAUGCCCUCCAAUAAGUGAAUGGUUAAACUGUGUUACAUCCAUACCAUGGAAUAUUGUUGUUUUUAGGUGCCGUCGAGUCCGUUCGACUCAUAGCAACCCUGUGUCCUACAGAACGAAACACUGCCCGGUCCUGCGCCAUCCUCACAAUCAUUGUUAUUCCCGAGCCCAUUGUUGAAGCCACUGUGUCAAUCCAUCUUGUUGAGGGUCAUUUUCUUUUUCACUGACCCUGUACUUUACCAAGCAUGAUGUCCUUCUCCAGGGACUGAUCCCUCCUGACAACAUGUCCAAAGUAUGUAAGAUGCAGUCUCGCCAUCCUUGCCUCUGAGGAGCAUUCUGGCUGCACUUCUUCCAAGACAGAUUUGUUCGUUCUUUUGGCAGUCCAUGGUAUAUUCAAUAUUCUUCGCCAACACCACAAUUCAAAGGCGUCAACUCUUCUUCGGUCUUCCUUAUUCAUUGUCCAGCUUUCACAUGCAUAUGAUGCGACUGAAAAUACCAUGGCUUGCGUCAGGCACACCUUAGUCUUCAGGGUGACAUCUUUGCUCUUCAACACUUUGAAGAGGUCCUUUGCAGCAGAUUUGCCCAAUGCAAUGCGUCUUUUGAUUUCUUGACUGCUGCUUCCAUGGCUGUGGAUUGUGGAUCCAAGUACAAUGAAAUUCAUGGAAUACUAUUCUACAAUGAAAAAGAAUGGACUAUCGACACGCUCAAUAACUUGGAUAGAUCUCAGUGGAAUUAUGCUGAGUGAAAAAACCCAAUCUCGAAAGGUUGUAGUCCGUAUGGCUCCACUUAUAAUGACAAAAUUAUAGAAAUGAGCAGAUUAGUGGUUGGCAGAGACAGGGACUAGAGGGGUCAUGGGGUAUGUCCAACUAUAAAAGGAUAAUACAAGGGAUUCCUUUGUGGUGAUGGAACAGUUGUGUAUCUUGAUUGUGGUGGUAAUUACACAAUUUUUAUACUUGUGCUAAAAUUGCAUAGAACAACACACACAAAUGAGUGCAUGUAAAAUCUGGUGAAACUGAAUAAGAUCUGUAGUCUAGUUAACAGUAUUGAACCACUGUCCAUUUCUUGGUUUUGGAAUUAUACUAUAACUGUGCAAGAUCUUCCUUUUGGGAAAAUUAGGUGAAAAGUACGUGGCACUCUUUGUACUAUUUUUGCAACUUCCUAUAAGACUAUAAUUAUUGCAAAAUAAAAACGUAAGUAUUAAUUAAGAAACUAGGAAUUAUGGUACUUGUUUUAUGAAAUAAGGAUGUGAUAAAAAGAAAAUCUGAGGGGAAUAAAAUGGUUUGAAUAUUUUUACAGGCCAACCUGAGCACAAAUCCCUUUCCCUUUCUGAGCCUCAUUUUCCUCGAGUAUAAAAUCAGAAGGUUAGAGUAGAUGACCACCAAGAUUCCUGUUAGCUCAGUGUUCAGUCUUUGAAUGAGUUGAGCAUCACAAGGAAUAGUAAUGUGAACAAAAUGUAUUAUUUCUCACAUGCACCAACCCACCUUACUUUACACAAAAUAUUGCAUCCUGCGCACAGCCCUGUAUCCCCUUUGGUCACCAGCGUCUCUUUCAAUCACAGCCAAAACUCUGACAGGAAAAAUAUACGCUUGCUCUCUCUUUCUGCUUUCUCGUCUCCCAUUCAUUCAACUCAAGAUGACAUCUUUGCUUUUUAAUACUGUAAAGAGGUCUUUUGCAGCAGAGUUGCCGAAUGCAAUGCAUCCUUUGAUUUCUUGACUGCUGCUUCCAUGCAUGUUGAUUGUGGACCCAAGUAAAAUGAAAUCCUUGACAACUUCAAUCUUUUCUCCAUUUAUCAUGAUAUUGCUUAUUGGUCCAGUUGUGAGGAUUUUUGUUUUCUUUAUGUUGAGGUGUAAUCCAUACUGAAGGCUGUGGUCUUUGAUCUUCAUCAGUAAGUGCUUCAACUCCUCUUCACUUUCAGCAAGCAAGGUGGUGUAAUCUGCAUAAUGUAGGCUGUUAAUGAGUCUUCCUCCAAUCCUGAUGCACUGUUGUUCUUCAUAUAGUCCAGUUUCUUGGAUUAUUCGUCAGCAUACAGACUGAAUAGUUAUGGUGAAAGGAUACAACCCUGACACACACCUUUCCUGACUUUAAACCAUGCAGUCUCCCCUUGUUCUGUUUGAACAACUGCCUCUUGAUCUGUGUGCAGGUUCGUCAUGAGCACAAUUAAGUGUUCUGGACUUCCCAUUCUCCAUGAUAUUAUCCAUAAUUUGUUAUGAUCCACACAGUCAAAUGCCUUUGCAUAGUCAAUAAAACACAAGUAAACAUCCUUCUAAUAUUCUCUGCUUUCAGCCAGGAUCCAUCUGACAUCAGCAAUGAUAUCCCUGGUUCCACGUCCUCUUCUGAAACCGGCCUGAAUUUCUGGCAGUUCCCUGUCGAUAUACCGCUGCAUCUGCUUUUGAAUGAUCUUCCGCAAAAUUUUGCUUGCUUGUGAUAUUAAUGAUAUUGUUCCAUAAUUUCCAUAUUCGGUUGGAUCACCUUUCUUUGGAAUAGGCAUAAAUAUGGAUCUGUUUCAGUCAGUUGGCCAGGAAGCUGUCUUCCAUAUUUCUUGGCAUAGAUGAGUGAGCACCUCCAGUGAUGCAUCUGUUUGUUGAAACAUCUCAAUUGAUAUUCCAUCAAUUCCUGGAGCCUUGUUUUUUGCUAAUGCCUUCAGUGCAGCUUGCAUUUCUUCCUUCAGUACCAUUAGUUCUUGAUCAAAUGCUACCUCCUGAAAUGGCUAAACACUGACCAGUUCUUUUUGGUACAGUGACUCUGUGUAUUCCUUCUAUCUUGUUUUGAUGCUUCCAGUGUCAUUCAAUAUUUUCCCCAUAGAAUCCUUCAAAAUUGCAACUUGGGGCUUGAAUUUUGUCUUCAGUUCUUUCAGCUUGAGAAAUUCCAAGAAUGUCCUUCCCUUUUGAUUUUCUAACUUCAGAUCUUUGCAUAUUUCAUUAUCAUACUUUACUUUGUCUUCUCCAGCUGCCCUUUGAAAUGUUCUGUUCAGCUCUUUUACUUCAUCAUUUCUUCCUUUUGCUUUGGCUGUUCUGCAUUGAAGAGCAAGUUUCAGAGUCUCUUCUAAUAUCCGCUUUGGUCUUCUCUUUCUUACCUGUGUUUUUAAUGACCUCUUGCUUUCUUCAUGUAUGAUGUCCUCCCACAACUCCUCUCAUCUUCUGUCAUUAGCGUUCAAUGGGUCAAGUCUAUUGAGAUGGUCUCUAACUUCGAGUGGGAUAUACUCAAGGUCAUACUUUGGCUGUCUUGGACUUGUCCUAAUUUUCUUCAGCUUCAGCCUAUCUUGCAUACGAGCAAUUGAUGGUCUGUUCCACAGUCGGCCCCUGGCCUUGUUCUCACUGAGGAUAUUGAGUUUCUCCAUUGUCUCUUUCCACAGAUGUAGUCGAUUUGAUUCCUGUGUAUUCCGUCAGGCAAGGCCCAUAUGUAUAGUCACCGUUUUUGUUUGUGAAAAAAGGUAUUAGCAGUGAAGAAGUCGUUGGUCUUGCAAAAUUCUAUCAUGCCAUCUCCAGCAUCAUUUCUAACACCAAGGCGAUAUUUUGCAGGUACCAAUCCUUCUUGUUUGUUUCCAACUUUCACAUUCCAAUCACCAGUAAUUAUCGAUGCAUCCUGAUUGCACGUUUGAUCAAUUUCAGACUGUAGAAGUUUGUAAAAAUUUUCAGUUUCUUCAUCUUUGGCAUUACUGGUUGGUGUGUAAAUUUGAAUAAUAGCUGUAUUAACUGGUCUUCCUUGUGGGCAUAUGAUCAUAUCACUGACAACAUUAUACUUCAGGAUAGAUCUUGAAAUGUUCUUUUUGAUGAUGGGUGCGAUACUAUCCUUCUUCAAUUUGUCAUUCCCGGCAUAGUAGACCAUAUAAUUGUCUGAUUCAGAAUGGCCAAUACCAGUCCCUUUCAGUUCACUAAUGCCUAGGAUAGCGAUCUUUAUGUGUUCCAUUUCAUUUUUGACAACUUCCAAUUUUUUUAGCUUCAUACUUCAUACAUUCCGCUUCUCAAUCAUUAAUGUUUACAGAUGUUUCUGCUCAUUUUGAGUCAUGCCACAGUGGCAGAUGAAGGUCCUGAAAGCUUGACUCCAUCCACGUCAGUAAGAUUGACUCUCCUUUGAGGAGACAGCUCUUCCUCAGUCGUAUUUUGAGUGCCUUCCAACCUGAGGGGCUCAUCUUCUGGCACUGGAUCAGACAGUGUUCUGUUGCUAUUCAUAAGGUUUUCACUGGUCAAAUUUUUUUUAGAAGUAGAUUGCCACGUCCUUCUUCCUAGUCUUAGUCUGAAAGCUCCACUGAAACCUGUUCACGAUGGGUGACCCUGCUGGUAUUUGAAAUACCAGUUGAAUAGCUUCCAGCAUCGCAGCAGCACGCAAGCCUCCACAGUUGGACAAACUGACAUAACCAUUAGUCCUUUGGGAAAUAAAAAUCCAAACCACAGUGAGAUACUACUUCACACCCACUAUUGAUGGCUAUAGUCAAAAAGACAGAUAAUAAAGUGUUGACAAGGAACUGGAGAAAUUGGAACCCUCAUCCAUUGCUGGUAGGAAUGUAAAAUGGUGCAACCCCUGUCAAAAACAGUUUGGUGGUUCCUCAAAAAGUUAAACAAAUUACCAAGUGACCCAGCAGUUUCACUCCUAGGUAUAUAAAAAAAAAAAAAAAAAAAAUUUUUUUUUUUUUUUUUUUU